GCUCGGUGGGAUGGGACCCCCGCGUUUGGGGGGUCUCCAGUGACGGCAGUUUCGCUGUAUAACCCUGCGGGGUCCCAGUUCCUCCUCUUCCCAGGAUGCUUCUCCUUCCGUGUUGGGCUUCGCUUGCUAAAAGCUGGGCGAGGGAUCGCAUCCUCACGGUACUGGCUGAGCGGGCCCAGGAUACAGUAUUUUUUAAAGCUUUUUCACCUAAAAUGAUGCCAAACGCGGCAGGGACGGUGUCCCACUCUGAGGACCGCGGCUCCGGUGAUGCCGGAUCUCCCCCUCCAGCUGGGCGGUGGAUCCCGGAGCACUGGGAUCUGGUUCCAUUGCUGCCAGAGCCGGGGCCAGCGAAGGGCUGGGGGAGCACGGCCAAAGCAUUCGGGUGAAAAACAGGGGUUUCUGGAGAGGCAGACCCCGACGCACCCACUGCCCAAGCCAGGCGGAGCGGGGCUGCUCGUCCCCUCCCCGGGUGGCUGUUAUUCCCCCGGCGUCAUCUGCGUUUGUCCCUGGAGCCCUGAGCCCACUGGCUCCGCACCCCGCAGCACUCUCUGGUGCUUCCAAAACAGCCCCAAAAGGCAGCGUGGGGUUGGAAAAUCUUGCCAUCAGUGCCGGCCGCUUCGGGGGGUUUUAAUGGGGAAAAAGAGGAUUUUAAGCUUGUGCCACGGCUCCAUCCCAGGGGCACAAGUUGUGUCACCCCUGCGGGGAAAGGAGCCGGAGGUGCCCAGCUGUGGCCGCAGGAGGAAAAUGCCACCAGCGGCAUCACCUCCCUCGGGCUGGACUCUCUUACAUUUUUAAUCAAUAUAAUUAUAUGACUCCCGUGCCCGACAGGGACAGGGUUACAGGGGCCUUGUAGUGCUCCAGGCGUCCCCUGCGCCGUCGGGCAGGAGGCGAAGUGAGCGCUCCGGGGGCGAGGAAGAGGUUUAAAAAUUAAUCGGCGUGUGCAGAGAACGAAAGGUCAGUGCGAGAGGCAGCCCGAAAUAGCAAAGGGUAAUUUAUUGACACGGCAGCCGACGCUAACACACUCGAUUAGCUCCCCGCCUCGCCGCGCUCAGGAGGAGGCGGCCGGUGGGAAUGGAUGGAGGUUUCCAGGGAAGAGGGGAUGGAUAGAGGGAUGGCUCCAAGGGGAAAGGAGAGGACUGUGGUGGGGGAUACGGCUCCGUCCGCUGGGAAGCAUUGCUGGGCUUUGCUCCAUGCCCGGGAGCAGCAUCCUUGGAGCGAUGUCCUGGGGGAGCAGCAGAGGCCGGUGGGUCCCUGAUGUCCCGCUCCUGCACGGGACCAGGCAGGAUGCGCAGUGUGACCUUCCUCCAGCCCCGAGCGUCCCGGGAAACCUGCACCGUGCAGGGAAAACCGUCCCGACAUCAUGGCGCCGGAGCAAGCUGCACCCCAGCGUGGUGAAAUAGCAGCAAUUUAUUGAUCUCCAGGUGUAUCAGGACUCAGAGUAACCCGAGACGCUGCUGCUCCAUCCGCCUGCAGCUCCGACACGGAGGAGCAGCACACCGUCCCUCCCCUCCAUGGAUGGGCGAGGGGCUGUGUCAUGCCACUCGCUCCCAGCUCCUUCCCGCGCCGUGGUCUGCGAUGGAGACCAGCCCGCACCCCAAAACUUUCCUUCUCCCAGUUUCCUUGGGUCCUAGGUCUUCCCGUUUUGCCCCAUUCCGAUGAUAAACUCAGGAAGGGGUGGCUGACGGCGCUGAAGAGGUUUGCUCGGGGAGAAGUGGUGCCUUUCCUCCUGGGUGCAUCCGUCUCCUCUCCGGUGGCACUCGGGAGGGUUUGGUGGGCUGCCAUUCCCCGGUGUCACCGCGGCCUCCGUAGCCCUGCUGGGCUGGGCUGGGGAAGUGGCUGGAAGCGGGGCAGAUUCGCACUCCUAUAGCACGGGGGGGGAAAAAAACAACCCAACCCUGUCAUUCCUGGAAACCCAAAGCUUUCCUAACCGCAUGUAUUUCUUACAGCUCCAAAUUUUGGCUGUGGAGAGGCCACCCCCGACGGGUGAACCCUCCCGAUCUCACUCUCGCAGACCCCCCCUCCCGAGCAGCCACUGCUCCUCUCCCGUCCCCGUGUCCCCUCUGAAGAGCCCUGCCGUCACCUUCCCCCUCGUGGGGGAAGCUGUGGAGCUUCCCCCAGACCAUCACCCCUGUCCAUCACCCCCAGACCCACGGAGCCAGGGCCGGGCUGAGUCCCGCUCAACCCUCAGCAUCCUCCUCACCCGCCCUGCCCAAAAACCAGGGCGCGUCACUAAUUAACACGCCUAAUUAGCAGCUCCGGAGGCUGAAGCUUUUACAUGCAGGGCAGGGGGUUGCAUUCAGCCCCGUUCCCAGCUCUCCCCUGGGCUGCUGUGUAUUAGGCAGGCUGUAAUCCUCCCUCAAGAGAGAAACUGGGGCUGACAAAUCCCGUUAUCUCUCCUCUGGAUUAACGAGGGGGAUAAGGGAUCUCCGGAGACAGGAGGGGGAUGGCUGAAGGGCUGCAGGGGGCACUCAGAGCCGUCGCAGGGGUGGGUUGGGGCAGAGCAGAGGUGAGCUGGGCGCUGGGCGUCAGGGCUGGAGAGCCUGCAGACCCCUUGCUACCCGCCGGCGUAGCAGCAUCCUCGGCGUGCCCGGCCCCGAAUCAGCGCGGGGCAUCCCCCGGGCACGGCGUCGGGGCUGAGCCGGGAUUGAUCCCUCUCUGCACCUUGCAGGAGUGGGCGGACGUGUGUUGCAGGGGGCUCCGGAGCGUCCAUGCCUACAUCCUGGUCUAUGACAUCUGUUGCUUUGACAGCUUCGAGUACAUCAAAACCAUCCGCCAGCAGAUCCUGGAAACGAGGGUCAUCGGCACUUCGGAGACGCCCAUCAUCAUCGUGGGCAACAAGCGGGACCUGCAGCGGGGCCGGGUGAUCCCGCGCUGGAACGUCUCCAACCUGGUGAAGAAGACGUGGAAGUGCGGCUACAUCGAGUGCUCGGCCAAGUACAACUGGCACAUCCUGCUGCUCUUCAGCGAGCUCCUGAAGAGCGUGGGCUGCGCCCGCUGCAAGCACGUCCACACCACCAUCCGCUUCCAGGGCGCCCUGCGCAGGAACCGAUGCACCAUCAUGUGAGCCCCCCCCUGCCCUGAUGGAUCCCCCCCCGCCACGGCCGUGCCCGUCCUCGGGGACCGCAGCUGCCCAUCCCUGGGGACCACGGCUCCCCGGCAUCACGGCUCUCUGCGGGGGUGACGCCGCGGCAGGAGCUGUGCCGGAGGCACCUCGGGGUUUGCUCCCCCGCCGGCGCUGGCACCCUGCGGUGACAUUUGGGGACGCUGCACCUUGGGCGGUGCUGGGCAGGGUGAUGCGACGGCCAUCGGCGGGUCGGAGCGGGUGUGCAGCCGCGCUGCCUGCAGGUAGCGAGGGGUGAGGGAGGACCUCGGCUAAACCCCCGAGCCCUCCCUGAGCCUCCGGCGCUUGGGGCCAAAGUCCCGGGGGGGGCUUUGUGUGUCCGCCGUGCCUGAAACGCUGCGUGGCAUCGGGGGGUGGAGGAGCCACCUCGGGUGGUGGCCAGAGGUUGGCUGUUGGGUCUGUCCUCGCUGGCUCCUGCCCCGGCAUUGCAGGGGCAACGCUUGCUGCUGCCUGCCAUCGCCUGCCCCCCGAAAGAAAAUUGCCCGGGUGCUGGUGUCCUGAUGUGAUGGAGGUGGCUCCAUUCCCGGGGCACGGGCAGAGCCGGGAGUCCCAUUUUCCUGCCGGCGGAGCUGGGGUUUGUCCCCUCGGAGGGCAGAGCAGCCUCCGGCAAAGGUUACACGGGCUCCCUUUCGGCUCAGUUGGGUCAGAUUUCCAGGCAGAAUUUCUGGAUGAAAACAAGAAAGGAGAACAAAAAAAAUAAAAAAAAAUAAUCAAGCCCCCAUCCUGCCCCUUACAUCCCCCCCAGGGUGCUGGGUGCUGCUUCCCCAGGGCUCGGAGUCCCCGUUCAGCCAAGGAAGGCUUGUCCUCCCCCGCCAGCCUGUCGAACACCAAAUAAAUUCGGAAGCGCUCCUUGCCGGGCAGGUCACCCCUCCGCUACCUCGCAUCCCGGGCUCAGCGGGCGACGGGCUUUGCACAGCUCCCACCCAAGCCCCCGGCGUCCCCCCCGGGCGGGCAGGCGGUGUCCCCUGUGCCAUCGCCCCCCGCCAGCGGUGCCACCGGGCGGGUCCGACCCGCGCCGGGCUUUCCCACGCCGUGCUCUCCUCCAUGCACGCGGGCGGCGGUGCGAAGGCAGCCUCCGAAGCAAUAGGGAGCUGGAGUUGCAUUUCCAGUUGCAUUGCUUUUUUUUUUUUUUUUUUCUCUCUUGCACAUCCCGAAUAGGAGGGUGAGCCCUCCCAUCUAUUUUUAUUUUUUUUUUUUUUUGAUUUUUCAGCUUGUUUUUACACCAGACUUGCAGCUCACCUGCGCCUUGUCCUGCGGAGCGGGUGGCAAAGCGCAGCCUGCACUAGCAAAGGGCGUCGGGGCGCUGUGCCGGCGACGGGCGAGCGAGAGGCCGAGGGGGCCGUGGCUGCUCCUUCUUGGCUGUGUGAGACACGGGGAAACGCCACCCUUGCCCCCGCUGAGGCCGGCGCUGAGGCCGGUCCAUCCUCUGGCCAAACCAUCUCAGUGGUGUCUGGUGUAACGAGGGGAUGCCGGUGUUCAGCGCCGCGCGGGGCUGUGAAGCGAAAGGGGGCCAGCCCCAUCUCUCCCCCCUCGGCCGGGUUUCCAUCCGCCGGCAGCACCGCGCUGCUCUGGGUGACAAUUUCUAUUAAGGCUCGGUCCAGCCGGGCUCCGGCACCCUGCGUUUCACCGCCCCGUCCCCGCCGCCGGGGCCGUGCGCUGCCCUGCUGCCCCAACGCCAGGGGCUCGGGGGGGGGGUCACCCCGCUCCUCCCUUCCCACCCCCAGAAGCCGCUUGGGGCCCCAAACCCCAUUCCCCUAACAGAAAAAAAAAAAAAAAAAAAGGAGGAAAAAAGGCACUGGGGGGACACGGUUCUGUCUCAGGUGGCUGCGAGAGCCCCAGCCGGGGAAGGGCAGUGGCACUUGUCACCAUCCCUCGCCUUCACGGCAAACAUACCGGCACCCCCCCCACCCCGACCUCACCUCGUCAGGAUUUAUUAACACGUGUAAGCCCACGUUAUCGGUCUCUGGCUAGCUUUAUCCCUCCAAAUUGUUUGAGAAGGAAAUUCCUUGGUAAAUGCUACUAAUAAAGCAUUUAUAAAGUGCUCCGACGUACACAUAUCAACGACUAAGCCAAUACAUUGUUUGUUAUAACCCUGUAGCCUGCAGUUUAUAGCACAAUUAGUUACAGGUUUUUAUAGCACCUAUUUAGUAUUUUGAAAAAAAAAAAAAAGAAAAAAAAAGGUUAUAAAUACAAUUGUUAUAUUCUAUUGUACUUUAUAGACAGAGAAAGUUAUAUUAGUAAUAAUAACUCUCGCCGCUUCGACAGCAUUUCCCAGCUCCCGAGAAAACGAGGGCUACAAAGAGCUACUUUCCCGAGAGCCCAGGAGGGGGUAGGCGGUGGCACCAGCAGGGAAAAUGGGACAGGGAUGUCCUGUGUGUGGCCAGGCUGGUGGGGGCAGAGCAGGCGGGAGCACAGCAGCAGCCGCGGCCUUGCCCGCACCCUUAGUACGAAGCGUUACCGCUCGCCCGCCGCCGCCCUGGUCCUGCUAAAAACAACCUGCUCCCGAGCCUGGGAGAGGCUGAGGAUGUCCCCACCGCUGUCCCCAGGGCAGUGCCGGGUUUCCGUCCCCCCCGCUCCGGUGCGUGUGGUGCCGCAGGAGGUGAUGCCUGGGUUCGGUCCAGCCCCGGCAAGGAUGCUUCCCUCUCCUCCUCCUCCUCCUCCUGCCCCGGUGAGCGUCCUGGUUGCCUGGACUUGGCUUUCCUUUCCCCCCCUGGACUUCUUGUUGGAGAUUCCUGAGGUGUCUACACCGCCUGUAACGCCCUGCACCCCCUUCUCUGAAAUCCAAUUAAAAAAAAUCAGGUCUGU